CGCGCCCAAGAGCAACAGUCAAGAGUAUUAGCUUCCAUUUCCACCGCCUCCACCUCUUCGUCUUCACAUCCACUUGCGGGGGUCAGCAGGCAAGUCGUGGUGUUGUCCACCACAAUCACGGAUCGGAUCGGUAGUGCGCACACGACCAACACAUCUGGUCGGACACCCUUCCAGAAAUGUCAACCUCUCAAAGAGCUUCAAGGGCCGCUCUCCGAUGGCUCGGCGAACAGAGCGCCGCAUCCACCUCGAGCAACGCAGCAGCCAGCGGAUCCUGCAUCACCUUGUCCGCUACUCGCAACGCUCCCAUCGCCCAGACUCACUCGGCAACGACUCGAUGUGGAGCCAAAAGGAGUUUUCACAGCGAUCAUGCCGCCAGUCUUUGUCCACGCCGUGGUGCGAAUCGAAAGGACUUUAGCACCAGCUCGUCCAGCUCGAGCUUCUGGCCUGCUGGGACUGCUCAGCCCGAAGAUGAGCCGCAAUGGCAAGCCGGUCCUCCUGCGAAAGUCGGAGCUGCGCACAGGAAUACAGGUUCCGCAUCGAUGUACCCAUCACCAGCCUCUGUGAGCGCUAGCAUUGCGCAGUCGGAUACGCACAGAAGAUCCGAGGGCGCUCGAACCGUCUCAGCACCUCCGCCCAAGACUGUGCAUUACAUUGCCGAGAUGAAGCGGCGCGGACAAGCGAUAACUGUCCUUACGGCGUAUGAUUAUCCAACCGCACUAGCGCAUCGCUCGGCCGAUAUUGACAUUUGUCUGAUCGGCGACUCGCUGGCCAACGUGGGACUUGGCCAUGGAUCGACGCAACGCUUAUCAGUCCCAGCGAUGGUGCACCACAUCCAGACUGUCGUUCGAGGACUCUCUUCGCCCCUCUUGUCGGGCGAGGGCAGACCAGCUCUUCCUCUUGUCAUCGCCGACAUGCCAUUUGGAUCCUUCUUUGCGAGUGUUGAAGAGGGAGUGAAGAAUGCGCUGGCGCUGAUCAAGGAAGGUGGAGCGGAUGGGGUCAAGAUAGAAGGAGGACAAGAAAUCGUGCCUCUAGUCGAGCGCUUGACAGAUUUUGGCAUUCCAGUGAUGGCGCAUAUAGGACUUCAACCUCAACGAGCAGCCGCAUUGUCAGGUUUGACGCUGAGAGGAAGGACUGCGGAGCAGGCGAUCAGCAUCGUCAGAGAUGCUCGAGCGCUAGACAGAGCUGGCUGUUUCGCCGGAGUGGUGGAAUGCGUGCCGAACAAGGUGGCCAAGGAAAUCAGCGAAAGAGUCGGUUUUGCUACGAUCGGCAUAGGAGCUGGACCAGCAACGGAUGGACAAGUGCUCGUGAUCAACGAUAUCCUUGGCGAUCUGACAGGUCCGGCUCACGUGCUUGCUGGUCUUGGAGAGCCGACCUCUGACCAUUCGUCAAACAUGCCCCUGCCGCUUCCCCACGCCGAGACUCCUCGUCCACCCAAAUUCGUGCGCAACUUUGCGGCGCAAGCCACUGGUGGAGCGACGCUUGGCUCCAUUAGGAUCGCAGCUGUUCGAGCUUACGUCGCAGCUGUCAGGAAUCGUGACUUUCCAAACGAAGAUGUGGAAGGCUACAAGAUCAAAAGGGAAGAGCUGGAACUGUUCAGAAAGCUUUUGAGCGUAGAGGAUGCUAAUGACGCUCCGAAGCGGUAAAACUCUGUGCGGUGUGAAAGUUGUGCACGCUACUGCUAUUGUUAUGAUGUUCCAAUACAGGCAC